CCCCCUGUGGUCGGCUCGACAGCUUACAUUUUCUACCACCGAGAAUGGAGGAACUUGCUCUGAAGCUCAGCGCGGAUGGCAUCCAGAAAAAGGUGCUUUGUCCUGGUAAAGGGGAAAUCCCGGCCUAUAUGGAUGGCACGAAGGUGAAGUUUCAUUACCGCAGCAGCCUGUGUGACGGUACGGUGCUGGACGACUCCAGGAGGAUGGGAGGGCAGAGUAAACCCAUGGAGCUCAUCCUGGGGAAGAAGUUCAAGCUGCCGGUGUGGGAGCGUGUGGUCAGCACCAUGAGAACGGGCGAGAUCGCCGAGUUCACCUGCGACGUCAAGCACACGGCUCUGUACCCGCUGGUGUCUCAGUCUCUGAGGAACAUCAGCGUGGGUAAAGACCCCCUGGAGGGACAGAGGCACUGCUGCGGCAUCGCCCAGGUCCACUCUCACCACUCACAUGGACACAAAGACCUGGAACGGCUCCAGGCCAACCCUCAGCCCCUCGUCUUCACCAUGGAGCUGCUUGAGGUUUUGCUUCCAGGCUCGUUUGCUUUGGAGACGUGGGCGAUGACGGAUGAGGAGAAGCUGGCCGCCGUGCCGCAGAUCCACGAAGAAGGAAACACGCUCUUCAAGAAUGGAGAAAUAGAGGGAGCCGCCGAAAAAUACUACAACGCCAUCGCCUGCCUGAAGAACCUCCAGAUGAAGGAGCAGCCAGGUGAUAAGCCGUGGAUUAAGUUGGAUCUGAUGAUCACGCCGCUGCUGCUGAACUACUGUCAGUGUAAACUGAUCCAGGGUCAGUACUACGAGGUGCUGGACCACUGCUCCUCUCUGCUCAACAAGUACGAAGAUAACGUGAAGGCAUACUUCAAGCGAGGAAAAGCUCACGCGGCCGUCUGGAACGAAACCGAAGCCCGAGCUGAUUUCGAGAAGGUGCUGAAUCUGGACCCUUCUCUGGGACCGGCCGUGGCCAGAGAGAUCCGAGCGAUGGAGGAGCGCAUCCGAGAGAAGGAAAAAGAGGAGAAAGGGCGCUACAAAAACCUCUUCAUGUCCAGCAGCACUUCACCAGCAGCUACUAUGACCUGAAGCCGGCGUGGACGCUUUCUUUAGUGACUCCUGAAGAGACGCUUCAUUACAGAGAGGCUGUAACACCUGAGCACAUGAACUCUUCACCAUUUCAACAUGAGCAGCUUCCUUAUUUUAUUUCCCUCACACACACACACACACACACCAAUCCUCAUUAACACCCUCACACUAUUACAACCCAAAAAAUAAAUCUCUGCAGUGUAACUAGGGCUGUGUCCCAAACGCUAAAGUUCUUACAAGGCAGCAUGAUGAAGGAAACAGUGUUACACCAUGUCAGGGACACUAGAUGUGACCUCUAGCGUUUGGGACACACCCUACACCUGAGGUGCGGUGUUAAUUCGAAGGAACACACCUUUACUUUUGCACAAAAUGUCUAGGAACGACGCGUCAGAUGCUGGUGAAAUUAAGGGACCUGGAAAUGGGACACGCCCCCCCCCCCUCGAGAGACAAUCAGUUCUAAAGUCCUCUAGCGCCUUGUCAUUCUUUCUGUAGUAAUCCUGUGUAUCUUUCAUGUUAGCUUCUCUUUGUAAUUAUUCUCGUCUUCACAUGUACAUGUGUAUCGUUUCUUUUCAUUGUGUAAACCAUCACACGUGAAUUUACACAGAAAACGUUCACGUGUCGUAUAUCGUCAUGGAAGUAGACACACGCCUGAAGUCGGGGUGGAACGUACGCUCGGAUAUUUUUGUCAAUAUAGAAUUAUUACCAAAUAAAAAAGUCAUCGCUCUUAAAAACAUUUAUAAUUGUUACACUACACUUACUGUUGUUUUUUAUAUA